AUGGCUUGUGCAGCCCUUGUGCUCCCUCUCAGUCAGAUUUCUGAGGCCCCAGUUGCGGUGGUCAGCACCACCUCUGCGGUGAGCCGCUCGUGUGUCGCAGAAGCCAUUCCUGAGACACUCACGAUGGACGUCGGAACGCGGCUGUGCCUCACAGACGGCACGCUCGUCGGCUAUGUUUCCUCCGUCUUCGGACCGGUCAAGCAAGCCUUCUACGUGGUAAAGUCGACGCGUGAAGACUUUAGUGAGCUGAUAGGGGCUCAUCGCCUCGCGGAAGGAGUUGUGCUGCACUACGACCUUCUCCACCAAGAAAUCAUGUACGACCCCUUUGAGCAGUGCGACGUCGCCAAAGGCACAGAUGCCAGCUACAUCAACGAUGAGGAGCUCCCCGAGCACGUCCGUCCCGACUUUUCCGAUGACGAGAAGGAGACUGAGUGGAAGCGCCAAAAGCGGCACCGCGGCUGCGAUAACGAAAGCAUCAGCUCCGACGAGUCGAAGGAGGAGAUCGAGUGGUCAAAGUUGCAGCUCGAUGACGAUGCCGUGGCGCAUGGCGGUUCACAUGUGGUGGUGCCACAGUGGAUUCAAAGUGCUCCACGAUGA